UGUGCCAUUUCAACAACAGGCCGUUUCAGUGGACUCUCAUCAUUAAAUUACAGAUGUAUGCAAGAAUUAUAGAGUCGGGUUUCAUAUAUGGAAAGAAUUUAAACGUUGCUAAUAUCUACAGGACGCGAAAUAAUCUACGCACGUUUGCAAAACGUGUAACCCCUUCGGGGACAGCAACGCUCUACCUAGAUGCUGCGUUGUUUAUUUAUCUGAUUUUCGUUGGAGGCUCGGUCUCCUUUAAAUAACCGACGGAGUUAAUUAAUUAAAUUCAAAAGCUUGCAACUAACUGAAGCAUUAUUCCAACCGCAUCUAUCUUGUAGACUGGGAACCAGGAUGGCAGCUCCGUCCGAAGCUGAACGCGAGAAUGAGGGGGCUUCUAGGAAAAGACGCAUCACCAACGCAACCAGCUGCCAUUUCAGUCGCCGCAGCUCAUAGCAUCCUUCCAUUUCUAAAAUCAACAAAUCCUUGUUUCACAUUCAUAUUUCUAAGGACCGCCUGCAUGUUUUCCUGAACGUGUUUUUUUUAAAUUAACGGAUUCGUAAUUUGUCCAUCCGUGUUCGUUGCUGUUCUGGGAAUGAUAACACGCCAAGAUGGUCCGCAUAGUUAGCGCGCUGGGUUUGGUAAUGUUCAGUGUCGCUUUGCUCAUCUUAUCCUUGAUCAGCUACGUGUCAAUAAAAAAAGAUUAUAUCUUCACAACGCCCAAAUAUGCAAACUCGGGGGGACCGAGAAUGUAUAUGUUCCAUGCUGGAUUCCGGUCCCAACUGGCCAUGAAGGUACUGGACCCAUCCUUCCUACCACUCACCAAUGCCCUGAAUGAGGAACUGCAGGAGAAAUCAGCCAAGUGGAAGUUCAACAGGACAGCCUUCAUACAGCAAAGAAAGGAAAUCUCAAACUACAUUGACGUGGCCGGCAACUUCACCCUGACGAAGAGCUCGGUGCGCGUGGGCCAGCUGAUGCACUACGACUACUCCAGCCACAAGUACGUCUUCUCCAUCGGGGAGAACCUCAUGUCCCUGCUGCCCGAGUCCUCGCCCAUCGUGCCCGAGCGGCGCUUCAACGUGUGCGCGCUGGUGGGCAACAGCGGCGUGCUGACGGGCAGCCGCUGCGGCCCCGAGAUCGACCGCUCCGACUUCGUCUUCCGCUGCAACUUCGCCCCCACCGAGAUCUUCCACAGGGACGUGGGCCGCCGGACCAACCUCACCACCUUCAACCCCAGCAUUCUGGAGAAGUACUACAACAACCUGCUGACCAUCCAGGACCGCAACAACUUCUUCCUCAGCCUGAAGAAGCUGGACGGCGUCGUGCUCUGGAUCCCCGCCUUCUUUUUCCACACCUCGGCCACCGUCACGCGGACGCUGGUCGACUUCUUCGUGGAGCACCGGGGUCAGCUCAAGGUGCAGCUGGCCUGGCCGGGCAACAUCAUGCAGUAUGUCAACAGGUACUGGAAGACCAGGCAGCUCUCCCCAAAGCGCCUGAGCACGGGCAUCCUGAUGUACACGCUGGCCUCAGCCAUGUGCGAGGAGAUCCACCUGUACGGCUUCUGGCCCUUCGGCUGGGACCCCAACACGGGCAAGGAGCUGCCCUAUCACUACUACGACAAGAAGGGCACCAAGUUCACCACCAAGUGGCAGGAGUCCCACCAGCUCCCCUCCGAGUUCAAGCUGCUGUACAAGAUGCACACUGACGGUGUUAUCAAGCUCAGUCUCUCUCACUGUGCUUAGGGAAUGGGAGGGGGGCGUGGG